GUCCACACUCCAGGCAGGCGGCGAGGCUGUCCUGACGGCGGGACGGCCAGCUGGUUCCCUUCAGGGGCGCGCCUCCCCCAGCACCCACCCCUGUAACCGGAGCCGAUUGCAGCGCCUCCCCGCCCAGCCCCAGUGGGCUCUAGGCCCCGACAGCGAGUCCGCAGGCGCCAUGGGCCUCGGGGCCUGCGUGUCCUCAGCAGCGGGGGCCCAAGCCCAGGCUCGCUGGCUGAGAGCUGUGCUGGGCGCCCUGUGCCUGCUGCCGGUGCUCCUGCUGCUGGCGCGGCCCGGGGCCCCUGCAGCCCGGCUGGGGGCCAGCGCAGCACAGGGAGACCUCGCUGCACCCUACCCUGUGGGUGUCUUCGCCACCCCAGGACCCAGUCCCCUGCCCCUCCAGGCACCCCGCAGACGCCGCUACACGCUGACCCCAGCCAGGCUGCGCUGGGACCACUUCAACCUCACCUACAGGAUCCUCUCCUUCCCACGGAACCUGCUGAGCCCCAGUGAGACCCGGCGGGGCCUGGCCACUGCCUUUCGCAUGUGGAGUGACGUGUCCCCCUUCAGCUUCCGAGAGGUGGCCCCUGAGCAGCCCAGCGACCUGCGCAUAGGCUUCUACCCGGUCAACCAUACGGACUGCCUGGUCUCCGCGCUGCACCACUGCUUCGAUGGCCCAACAGGCGAGCUGGCUCACGCCUUCUUUCCCCCGCACGGCGGCAUCCACUUUGAUGACAGUGAAUACUGGGUCCUGGGGCCCACACGCUACAGCUGGAAGAAAGGCGUUUGGCUCACUGACCUGGUGCACGUGGCGGCCCAUGAGAUUGGCCAUGCGCUGGGCCUGAUGCACUCACAGCAUGGCCGGGCACUCAUGCACCUUAAUGCCACUCUGCGUGGCUGGAAGACCCUGUCGCAGGAUGAGCUGUGGGGGCUGCACCGACUCUAUGGCUGCCUAGACCGGCUAUUCGUGUGCACAUCCUGGGCUCGGAGGGGAUUUUGUGACACCCGCCGGAGGCUCAUGAAGAGGCUCUGCCCCAGCAGCUGUGACUUCUGCUAUGAGUUCCCCUUCCCCACGGUGGCCGCCACUGCACCACCACCCAGGACCAAGACCAGGCUGGUGCCUGAGGGCCGGAACGUGACCUUUCGAUGUGGCCAGAAGAUCCUUCACAAGAAAGGCAAAGUGUACUGGUACAAGGACCAGGAACCCCUGGAGUUCUCCUACCCUGGCUACCUGGCGCUGGGCGAGGCACAUCUGAGCAUCAUUGCCAACGCCAUCAACGAGGGCACGUACACGUGUGUGGUGCGCCGGCGGCAGCGUGUACUCAGCACCUACUCCUGGCGAGUCCGAGUGCGGGGCUGAAUGUCCUGCCAGGCUGAGGCUGCUGAUAAAGCACUUAUUCUCUGAA